AUGGCGAAGACCUACGAUUACCUGUUCAAGCUACUGCUGAUCGGGGACUCGGGGGUGGGGAAGACCUGUGUCCUGUUCCGAUUCUCCGAGGACGCCUUCAAUUCCACCUUCAUCUCCACUAUAGGCAUUGACUUCAAAAUUAGAACUAUAGAACUAGAUGGCAAAAGAAUUAAACUGCAGAUAUGGGACACAGCUGGUCAGGAACGGUUUCGAACAAUUACAACUGCAUACUACAGAGGUGCAAUGGGCAUCAUGCUGGUCUAUGACAUCACCAACGAGAAAUCUUUUGAUAAUAUCCGGAACUGGAUUCGAAACAUUGAAGAGCAUGCCUCUGCAGAUGUGGAAAAGAUGAUACUUGGAAACAAAUGUGAUGUAAAUGAAAGAAGACAAGUUUCCAAAGAACGAGGGGAAAAGCUAGCACUUGAUUAUGGAAUUAAAUUCAUGGAGACCAGCGCAAAGGCCAAUAUCAAUGUAGAGAAUGCAUUUUUCACUCUUGCAAGAGACAUCAAAGCAAAAAUGGACAAAAAAUUGGAGGGUAAUAGUCCACAAGGCAACAACCAGGGCGUCAAAAUCACCCCCGAUCAACAAAAGAAAAGCAGCUUUUUCCGAUGUGUUCUUCUGUGAGGAACACUGCCUUAACCUGAGCCUGUGCUCAGCUGAACUGGACUGUGCCCGUUCCGAGUGAGUUUUCCUCUAUCUGUGGACUUCCCACCUUCCAACACGCUCGCCCCAUGGCUCCGUGGCCGCUGCGGGACCCCGGCUGCCGGAACGAAAUUGAGAAAUUGUUUAUUUUAGUAACGGUCUGAUUUUUCCAACUUUGGAGAUGGAAUAAGUUAAGAAUUUACUAUUUUUCCUGUAAUGUUUGCCAUAUCGGCUCCAGCAUUGUAUGACCAGUGAAGAGAAACAGUUGAAAACUGACCAACAAUAGCACCUUUCUAACAGGAUUCAGUCUCUGAGGGUGGUUUGGUGUUUUGGUGUGUUUUGUUUCUUUUCUUUUUCUUUUUUUUUUUUUUUUUAAUCUGGAACACGUCUAAACUCCAGCAAGAAAACCAGUCUGGUCAGAAGAGUCCUCAUGAAGGCACUUAAAUGCCAAUACUGAUUAAAGGUGUUUGUAUACAUGAUCCCCAUGCAUCCACUGUACAGAGUCUUGGACUUAGACAUUUCUCUUACAAGCAUUUUCUAUCUCAGGACCCACUGCAAAAGUCACUCAUUUAAGCAACAGAGAGCUGACUAUUGAGAGUGGGGAAUAUAUCAACCCCAACCUGGGCCUUUCCAAAUUACGCUUUACUAUUCGGUCACAAGGUUCUGGACAAUCUACCAAAUCAAAUCCAUUUUUUAAAUGUUUUGUAAAAAUAAACCAAAGUGAAGCAUGAA